AUGGCCCUGUUUCAGUCUAGGAGAUCACUGGUCUACUAUACAGUAGUCGCUACUUCAUUUUGUUGGAUUCUUGGAACAGUCUCGUUUUUUCUUAUCCAAUCACUGGAUGUCAGUAUUGAAAUCAAGCGUCGAACACCCGAAGAAAUUCUCCCGCUUCAAAUACCAAAAUUGAACGCACAAUCUGUUAAUUCAGUCAGGGAUUCGGAAUCAAACAGAGGUGAACCAAACCAACCAAGUGAAACGAAAAGACAUAUCGUGCCUGUUAUCACAACAAACUCCGAAAAAGACACUAUUAUUCCAAAUGACUCUCCAAGGAGGCUUGUGUUUAUUACAGCGAACUACGAGAGGUUCCCCCCAGGGGCUAAGCUGAAGGGGCCUGGGGCAGGAGGCGCUGGGGUCUCCGUUCCUGCCUCACGAAAAGCGGAAGAAGACGAAGGGUUCGAUCAGCAUUCAUUUAACCGUGUGGCCAGUGACAUGAUUUCUUUUCACCGUAAAUUGCGAGACCACCGAAACAGUGGGUAAGUUCAAUAUAUACUUUAGGCUUGUAAAGUGGAGGCGCGUCUGGCCGAGCGACUAACACCUCGAUCUCCGGAUCCGGAGGUACGGAGCCUUGCCCAUCGCCUUGUGUUUUUAGACAAGGAACUUUACUCCACUUUGUCUCUCUUCACCGAGUUGCCAUUGGUAUCAGCGACACACUGUUGGGGGGUAAGCCUGCGAUAGACUGGCAUCCCGUCCAGGGGGGAGUAGCAAUACUAAUAGGCAUGUUUCAUGCGAGGGAACCGGGAUAAGCUACGGCCGUUUGGCCUUGGCCUUUGGCCCUUGUGCGUCUUGACCUACCUUUACCUUUUUAUAGGCUUCUAAACCACUACCUUUAUUGGAUGCCAAACUAAGUAGGAAUAUUGGGUCUAGUCAAAGAUUAGCACUAGUCACGGUGGCUAAAGUCCGCAUUUUCUUGUGACAGAUUUUAAGGUUAUCGUCCUUUCCGAAACUCAUUGUUUCUUGUGGUCGAUUUGAAGUUGUAAAACUUGCCGUUCAAAGCAAGGAACCGGUCUUAACAAAGCGGUUAGAAAAGUUAAGUCACCAGUUCACGGACUCAUUUAUUAAUUUACACUGACGUUUUGAAGAAGAAAACUUCAUUCGUAUCGAUGUACGUGUCAAUCCAGCGAACUGUUAUAAUGUCGCCUUUUACUUUGUAAAGAAUGGUUUCAAAGCAAGGUGAUGGUUGAGAGGUAGUUUUAAGGAGACCUAAUAGGACAAUAGAACCGGCUUUAAUCGCUGUUCAAUCAAUAGUAGCUAGAUCCCAGGAACGGUAAUCGUCUCUUGUAGAUCCUUGUUUGGACUUGGUUGCACGCUGUACUCACUGUUUACUAUAAACACAACAAUAUAACAAGAGUGGAUGUGCAUAACUAGUUUAAAGUAUAAUUUUUUGUCUGGGAAAUUGCAGCUUUUAUCGUGCAAUCAGUCUUUCAAUCAUACAUUCAAUUUUUUUAAUCUAGCUCGGCUACUGUUUUUUUUUCUGUAAGCCUUAUUUAGCUCAGGAACACCAAGCUUUUCGAUUCUGAUUCUUCUUUUGUAGGUCUAGCGCUCGAAAACAUCAACUUUUUAAUUUGUUUACCUUAUGAAUCUAGGACCUUAUUUGAUAACAUUUUAGGGAUGGUUUGACUAGUCUCCUCUCCCAACUCGACAAAAUAGCUUGGUCUCACCCCACCCCUCUACUAAUCUUUGUUCCCAGCCGCUGGUCUGAAACGGCUCCACGUACAAUCCGAUUCGACGAUGCCGCGAUGCCGGUUGCUUGAAGAAGUUACUCAGUAUUUUCACUUGUUUCUUUUCGUCAUUGAGCCAAAAGCUAGAAGUAGAUAAAUGCCUUGUCAGCGAGUAUUAUUUUAUUCGUGAAUGGGUAGUUCGAAGCCAAACAAUAGCGUGAUUUGUCGACUUUGGAAUGUUCCGUUUACCCACAUGUGACGAAUAUGCAGAAGUGCUUAGGUGUAUGGAACGAUGCAUCUUGCUUCGUUGAUUAUUGAUAAUUCCAGCCAUGAUAAUUCCAAAAAGACGAAUCGUGUUCUACUUUGUAGUGAUCACCUCCUCUGUGUGGAUAUAUUUGGCCACGUAUCAUAUUUUUAGCAACGAACUCUCGGCGGGUGCUGAUACCUCGAAUGACGACGAUGGAAUAAUGUACAGCCUUCUCAUGUACGAUAGAACUCCGGAUAGAAACCCCGAUAAACCCGGGGAAUGGGGCGCUGCAGUGUCGCUAAAUUUUUUGGAAAAGAAAAGAGAAGAAAAAGGCUUCAGUGAUCAUGCAUUUAACCGCGUUGCAAGCGACAAGAUUUCGUUAGAGCGGAACUUACCUGAUGUGAGAAAUUACAAGUAAGAUUUUGAACCUCGGCUAAUUCAUACAUGUAUGCAAGCUUGUCAUUUUAUUAAUUUUACUUUUUAAGUGUGCCGAGUAAACUGUCGGUAAGCAAAAUAUAGGGCAUCCGGUUGAAAAUUGUAGGCUUUGUUUCCAUAGCUUCAUUGGGCGGUAACCAUCGCGCGGACAUUACUCAGCACAACUUGAAUUGAUAUUAUUGUAAUUGUUGUACAUUAAGCGUUUCGUUGCAUCACAGCAGAAAAUGAUCACAAGAAAGCCGUUUAGAUGGAUUUUUUUCCUGUGUUCUUCUGGAUUACACUGUAGGCUUAAGUCGAGUUAUUUGAGAUUUCCGUAUAACCCCAUACAUUUUAAUUGCUAUUACAUACUUUUUCUCACAAAUAGUUUAAUAUGAAUAGAGUCGAAACAUGUAUGCAUAAUAAAUGUAUUUGGUUAUACGGAAAUCUUACCAGUUAUUCUUUAUUUCAAAAGUACAUGUAAGUGUAUAUUUUGUAAUCGCAUGUUAGAAUUGUUUGAAGUUUUGUCUGGAUACGUUCUUUAUCAAAAAAUAAGAGGGAUGUGAAACUAUAGGGCCUCAGGACAAUUUAAUAAGUACAUCUUACAGAAUAUGCAUUUUAGAUAAGAUGCAGAUUUCCCAGAUAAAUGGUACAAAAAAAGCCUUUGCAGCUUUAACAAGUGUGACUUUGCUAAGAUCUACCUUACAUGUAUAUACUUGCUUUAAUGUUACAGGCUGUAUCUUAUUUUUGAUGUUACAUAAUAGGCAGCCCUGUCAAAAUGUUUUUGAGAAGUAGGCAAGAUGACCCAUUCGUGUAUAUUUCUUCGAAUAUUUGUGGCUUUUGUGAUUCGAUCAAUUGAAUUAGUAGAGACCUCAUCUCAAUGAAUUUUAUUAGAAAGUAGGCGGCAGACAUUUUGUUGUAGGCUGUGAAAUCGCUGGCUGCCGUCACAUUUUGACUGGGCUGAAUAGGCAUCGUAUUUCCUCCGGGCUAACUUGAACUCCCUUGACUGUGUCUUGAUUGCAUGUCCGGCGCUGUAAGCCUGUAACUUUUCAACCACACUGCCUACCCUAACAGAUACAUUGUUGCUGUUUUUUAUUUUAACAGAUGUAAAUCAAAGAAGUAUGCACUACCUCUUCCUACAAGCACUGUUAUUAUUUGUUUUCACAAUGAAGCUUGGUCAACUUUACUAAGAACAGUGCAUAGUGUUAUAAACAGGACUCCUCCACAAUUACUCAAAGAAAUUAUUCUGGUUGAUGAUUCAAGUGAAAGAGGUAUGUAUUAGAUUUACAAAGAUGAUGAUCGCUGUACUGUUCCUUGCCUACCUUAACUUGCUCAAAAAUAAGUAGUAGUAUAAGUACAUGUAAAUGUGUGAUAUAUAGUUAUUCUUUAAUAACAUACCUUUCCCUUUGACUUCCUUAACAAUCUUUGAUGGGAUGUUAUUUCUUGUCUUCUCUUGCAGAUGAACUGAAAACUAAGCUUGAGGACUAUGUAGCCAAAUUAAAAAUUAUUCGAAUUAUCAGACUUCCAAAGAGAGAAGGUCUCAUUCGUGCUCGACUUAAAGGAGCGGCGGAAGCCAAGGGAGAUGUGCUGACAUUUUUAGAUGCUCAUUGUGAGUGUUCUAAAGGCUGGCUUGUUCCUCUACUUGCUAGAAUAUCUGAAAAUCGCUCCAAUGUAGUCAUGCCUGUCAUAGAUGAAAUAAGUGAUCAGAACUUUUAUUAUCAUGCUGUUCCGGAACCAUUCCAUCGGGGUAUUUUCCGUUGGCGGCUUGAAUUUGGUUGGAAACCUGUGCCACGGUAUGAAAUGGAAAGACGCAAGGAUGCUACUGAUGGAAUAAGGUUGGUUUGCCUGUGGUUCUGGUAAGGUUUUACAAUCAAUCAUUAAUUCAAUCUUUUGUUACUUGCAGCAAAAAAGAUAUUUAGAUUUUUGCAUUAACACAAAAAACGUGCAUGUGUUUUUGCGUGUGGGUUGGUCGCUUAUCUCUGAGCUGUACUGUAUCUCGAUCAGUAAAGUGAAAGUAAUUUGGUACUAGUGAUCAAGUUAUAAUUAAUUCUUUGUAGUGAGGUAAUUGUUGUUUAAAACUAUUUGAAUUUUAAACGACGAUUACCUUUCUGCUGUGAAUGAAACACAGCUGCACUGAUGCUGUAAUUCCUCCUAGGUCAAACAUGCUCGUGCACUGAUCACACUCAUGAUUUUAUACUCUGUAUAUCAUGGAGUCAUUUGUACAGCCGCAACCAGGCAAUGAUAAUUCUUCUGUAUAAUUACUAGCAGCAAUGAUAUUUUCACCUUCUAAAAGCCAUGCAGUGUAAAUUAUUGUUAAGAUCCCUGUCAGCCAUCCAUUACUUUAUUGGUAUUAAAUUUUGCGGGUCCUUAAUUUGACGAUUUUGGUGAGACAAUAAUUAUCUCACGCGGUUAUUUUUUCACGAUUUCAACAGCCCCUACAUGUACCCUAUAUUGACAGCCCUGUACUGUAGAUAUCUAGCUCGAUCAAUGAAUGUAAGUAAUGUGGUACUAGUGAUCAAAUAAUAAUUAAUUCAUUGUAGUAAGGUUGUUGUUGCUUAAAACUGUUUGAAUUUUAAACAACAAUUACCUUUCUACCAUGAAUGAAACAUUGCUCCGCCGAUGCUGUAAUUCCACGUAGGUCAAACAUGCUCGUGCACUGAUCACUCAGCUUAAUAAUUUUACUCUGUUAAGAUAGACUCAUUUGACAGCCACAACAAGGCAAUGAUAUUCUUCCAUAUGAUUACCAGCAACAAUGAUAUUUUCACCUCCUAAAAGCCAUGCAGUGUAAAUUAUUCUUAAGAUCUCUGUCAACCCUCUUUAACCCAUUACCUUAUGACUAGAAAUAUCUAUAUCACAUGGCAAUAACUUGAAAAUGUACGUGCACUGUAGAAGAGAUUCAGUGUAAUUCAGUAUAAUUUCAUAAACAAAAUCAAUGAGCUGUAGACCAGGACAGCUGUCACUAAAAUUUCACAUUCCUUCCCAGGUAAAAAUGUGAGGCGGGAUCCCGCCAAUCCCACCUGGGAUCCCAGGUUAAUCCCAGGUGGGAUCCCGCCAGAAAUAGGCGGGAUCCCUCCUGGGAUCCCGCCCGGGAUUAUGGAACGUCCCGGGAGGCAUCCCACCUGGGAUCCCAACUAGGAUCCCACCAAUCCCACCUGGGAUCCCACCUGAAAUCCUGGGUGGGGUCCAAGAAACCAUCCCACCUGGGAUUUGUAAAAAUCCCGCCAAUCCCACCCGGGAUCCCGCCUGAAAUCCCGGGUGGGAUCAAAGAUAUCCCACCUGUGAUAUCAGAUGGGAUAUCCUACCUUUCCUGGCAGCAUCGAAUGCAGGUUGUUAAAUUGAUGGGAUCCUGCUAUCCCACCCUGUCAUACACAGGAAAUUGAUAUUUAUCGUAGAGGGAUUUGAAGACAUAUAACUUCUGCACCAUAUUUUCAACUUAAUCUGCAAAUUUAUUAGGAAAAUAGAGUUAAUAUACAUGUAAGUCUUGAAUAAAAUGCAACUUUAAUAAGUCUACAUAUACAAUAUUCAGUCAUUGCAGAACAUUCAAAUAUGUGAUUAAAUCUUUGGAAAAAAAAACCACAACAACACAAAUGCAGUAUUUUCAUGGAGAAGUUUCAUUCGAAACCCCAAGUUAAAGUUUGCUUAAUUUGCUUAUCGUGUAGACUUUUGGCUGAUGUCGUGCUCUUCAGUGCUAUACACUUUUCUUUUGACUGCAACGAAUAAGUAUCUGCAAACAGAAAAGUUGAGAUUUUAAGGCAAAUGAACACAAAAACAACCUGACGUUUUAGAAUUGAAACGAACGAGUAUCGAAGCGUGAUCGAAGGUGACCGAUCCAACUUGUUCAGGUACGCGAAAAGGGGAGACAACACGGGUAAAUCGAAACUCAAGUUGAGAAAAACAUCACUUACCAACGUUAGGAAUACUUUUUGUUGAACCUGGCAGGAAAACGACUUUAAAUUGAAGUAAAAAGAAGCGUCUUCUUGUAAAGACGCAUGCUUUACAGUUCGUCUUCUUUGACUUGAAAGUGCCCGCGUGGAAUCAGCCAAUUUUCACACCUUUUCAUUGGUUGAAAAGGCCCAUGUGACGAUAAAACGCUGAAUACGCAUGUGUUGAACUCACGGGCUUCCCUGGGAACUAGUGGAAACAAAAUGGCUGACAAACAGCGAGGACUGCAGCUAGCGUUUCGCAGUUUUGACCAUGAAUUUCUAUUCAGGAGUCGUCCAUAAUCAAGACGAAGGAUCGAAGCUAAUAUAAAAGAAGAAAAUGAUGCAUGGAGGUAUCAUUUCAAGUGAAGAAACUCUAGGGAAAAGCUAGAAAGGAAAGUUAAGUCAGGAAUGAUGGAUGUAGCGAUUCAUUAAUGUUUUACAAAAAUCUUCUCACUAAGAAACUAUCUGCAAGCACAAAAAAAAUUGUAGUAAAUGAUUUUUAAGUUUUUUAGUUUUAAACACUGCUUUUUACGUUGGAAGUAUGCUUUUUGUGUGUUUGUAUAAAAUAAAUAUUGUUUUGUUGAAAGUCAUUUUUACAUGUAUGUACAGGACAAUUUAUGAACGAUGGUGUCAUUUUCUGCUUAUAAAAAAACAUUUGUAAUUUAAUACAAUAAGUUGUCCUUUGAAAUUAAAUUGGGUACAGGAAGACGAUAAAUUCCAGCCGUAUUUUUAACUCCACAUGCAGAAAUGUAGAAUAAUAAGUUAAUUAGACUUCUUGCUAAGAUAUGUUUAACACAUAAUUAUAUAUAACCUACAUGGCUGUUAAAAGUCUUCUUAAUUAAGUUUGACUUAACUUUUGCAAGUAUGAAUAAAUCUUCUAAAAUCCCAGGUGGGAUCGUACAUGUGAAAUUAUCCCAAUGUUCCCAGGUGGGAUGUAUGUAAAGAUCCUGGGUGACAAUGUGUGAUCCCAGGUGGGAUAUUUGAAUCCCACCCAGGAUCCCGGGUGGGAUGUGUGGAUCCCACCCAGGAUCCCAGGUGGGAUGUGAUAAUCCCGUGUUUUAGGCGGGAUCCCAGGUGGGAUUAAUUUUUAAUCCCAGGUGGGAAUGGCGGGAUCCCGCCAUUAGAGGCGGGAUCCCACUAAUCCCACCCGGGAUCCCAGGUGGGAUUAGUGGGAUCCCGCCGGGAUCCCGCCUGACUUUUUACCUGGGUUGCCAUGUGCAAUUGGAAGGUGUAGAAUUGAACCCACUGGGAUGAUCUCUUGGUUCUUAAUUUUUCUUUUAUUUCCUUUAAAAGUAGCCGGGAUAAUGCUCACAGAAGCUGGGAGAAAUCCCAAGCCCCCUACCCAAUAUUGACAGCCCUGUACUGUAGAACUGAUAUAUAUCUUGAGCAGUAAAUGAACGUAAUGUGGUACCCAUUAGUGAUCAAAUAAUAAUUAAUUCAUUGUAGUAAGGUUGUUGGUGCUUAAAACUAUUUGAAUUUUAAACAACAAUUACCUUUCUACUAUGAACGAAACAUUGCUCCGCCGAUGCUGUAAUUCCACGUAGGUCAAACAUGCUCGUUCACUGAUCACUCAGCUUAAUAAUUUUACUCUGUUAAGAUGAAGUCAUUUGUACAGUCACAACAAGGCAAUUAUAUCCUUCUGUAUGAUUAUCAACAACAAUGAUAUUUUCACCCUCUAAAACCCAUGCAGUGUAAAUUAUUGCUAAGAUCCCUCUCAACCCUCUAUAACCAUAUUACCUUAUGACUAGAAAUAUCUACAUCACAUUGCAAUAACUUGAUAAUGUACGACAGCAUUGUAGAAGAGAUUCAGUGUAAUUCAGCGUAAUUUGGUAAACGAAAAUUCAAUGAUCUGUAGACCAGCGGCCACAAGUUAAUCAGUUUUUUCUUAACUGUCACGUGUUAACCCUCUUUAAAUAAAGGCGUUACCUUACCUUACUUUACCAGGAUCACUGUCACAAAAAUUUCACAUUCUUUGCUAUGUGCAGUUGGAAGGUGUAGAAUUGAACCACAAGGAUGAUCUUUUGGUUAUAUUUUCCUCUUGUCUCCUUUGAAAGUAGCAGGGAUCAUGCUCACAGAAGCUGGGAGAAAUCCCCAGCCCCCUACCCUAUAUUGACAGCCCUCCUGUACUGUAGGUAUCUAUCUCGAUCCAUGAAUGUAAGUAAUGCAGUACUAGUGAUCAAAUGAUAAUUAAUUCAUUGUAGGGAGGUUAUUGUUGCUUAAAACUAUUUGAAUUUUAAACAACAAUUACCUUUCUACUAUGAAUGAAACAUUGCUCCGUCGAUGCUGUAAUCCCACCUAGGUCAAACAUGCUCUUGCAAUGAUCUCUCAGCUUAAUAAUUUUAUACUUUGUCAAUGGAGUAAUUUGUACAGUUGCAAGCAGGCAAUGAUAUUAUUCUAUACGAUUACCAGCAACAAAAAUAUUUUCACCUUCUAAAACCCAUGCCGUAGAAAUUAUUGUUAAGAUCCCUGUUAGCCCUCUAUUUCCUUAUUGCUAUUAAUAAUUUGCUGGUCCUUAAUUUGACGAUUUUGGUGAGACGAUAUUUCUCAGGGUUUUAUUUUCGCGAUUUCAACAGCCAAAUAUGAAAAAAAGGGCAUUAAAUUUCGUGAUUUUGCAUUCUCAACUUCAUUUUGGUUUUCAAACAGUUUGAACUUAUUAAAAAUUUCUAGAUGGAACAAGAAAUGUGUGAAAUCCUCGCAAAUUAACGGUAUUUUAUAACUGAAGAUUUAAAAUGAAACGUAGCAGUAAAACCAGUUAACAAUAACUCAAAUUAUUUGAGUAUUUGUCCAUGUUGCAGUUAAUUUUUUACUUUAGUUAAUUUUUGUUUGUCCCUUGUUUCAAAUUCAUUAACAUAUGUUACCAUAUGAGGUAAAAAGUUAACUACAACCUCCAUACAUAUCCUUUAUAUGAAGUUGCGAUUACAUUGAUGUUCAUGAAAAUUAAUUUUCCUGUGUUUUGAAUUUUCUACAUGGUUGUUAAAUUAAUGUUGUGUUCUUAAAUUUCAUGAGGAUUUAAAUUUGCAGGUCUUUGAUUUUGCAAAUUUUUUACAAUUGCGAUGAACGCAAAAUUAAAGACUUACGAAAUUAAGUACCAAUGAGGUAAUAAUAUCCCUUGCCACUCCCUUCCGAGUAGGGAGUGGCUCUACCUGGUAAGACCCAAUAUCCAUAUGCAUAAUACAAAAACUCCAGUCUGUCAAUCUUCAUAAAUUUCGUAAAGAAUUAAUUAGAGAAUUUGUCAAGAGAUAAAAGCAUUUUCCUUUAAGUAAUUAUUUUAGAAAUCCUCAUAACCCUUUUUCUUGACUAUUCAUUGAUAUUGUUAACAGCAAAUUGACUUUGAUUGAUGUUACAUACAUUGGGAUUUUAAUAAGCCAGGCUGCCAAAUAGAGCCGGGUGGCCACUAAGUGCUGGAUAUCUUUAGUCCUUCCUCAUCAAAUAAGUACACACUGGAUCUUGUUAGUCCUGUGUUUACUUAUUUAAUCUGUAGGGACUGAAAUCAGGAGGUGUGACUGUAUGUAAUUUGCAAUUACGGUAUUUUAUUCAUCCUUCUAAGGUAAAUUAAACAAGUCAUGUAUUAAGUGAACAAAGGACCUUGCGUCCACGCACCAAGUUUGGUCUCAAUUGUGUCCUUCUUAGAGAGCAUUUGUUUAAAUAUGAUGUAAAGGUUUUAUAACCAGGCUGUUCCAGGUGUUCAGGUUGAAGAAAGUGAGCGGAAAACGACAAGGAAAAAGAAAAGGAGGUUCGAUCCUCACCAUCUGAACACUGCGCUCUACUAUCUGAAUGCCUGGAACAGGCUAAAAGGACUUAUAUCAACGAUAUAAUUAUACUCUUGCUGCUCGCUCAAGACAUAAAGGGCCAUUUGUUCGUCAAUGACUGGUCACAGGCAUUCAUAUGAUACCAUUGUUGUUGCUUAAUCUGACAACUUAAUGGUUAUUUUAUUAACUCAAAAAAGUUGCUGGAAGUGUAUAAGAGUGUUGUCAACUGGUCCAUAAGUGUGGAUAGUGGGGCGAUUCAGCUAUGUGGGGUUAGAUUCAUGAAAUUAAAUUGUUCUUUGUUCCUUGAUUAAUCUAAUUUUAGUUAUAUGGUCUCAUAAUUGCAUGCAUUUAGAUGUUCCAGACACAAAUUUUAGACUCAACACCCAGCAAUAUUGUUGUUAGCAAAAGAGAGGAAUUGACUUGUGUAAAACUAGGGUAGAUUCAUAAUUUUUAAUGAUAAAUGCUCUCCGUCUAAAACCCUUUGAGACCUGGCGGGAACGUUCUGCCAAGCUUGAAGAGCAUUCUUAGUGAUUGAUCAAUCCUACUUCUAUAGACUGUAGUAUUACGGGGAAUAUGUCCUGCCCCAAUUUGUUUGACAGUAGCCUGUUUUGAGUCUAGUGAUGAAAAAUCUUAUAAUUUGAGAUGUACUGUAAUGAAGGUGGGUUUUGUCACUCCAGACCCUUUGUCAGGUUUAUUGGUAAUUUUGUAGUGAAGAGUGGGGAAGGGAGGGGAUGCCAGAGGUUACCUCUACUGAAGACAAAACGAAUCAGGGGUCACCCCCCCAACCCUCGCGGUAAACUUACAUCUCUUACCCAUUUGCUAUCCCUUCUCCUUUAUCUGUCCAGUGACUGUGAAAUGAUCAACAGUAGAGAGCUUUAGAUUAGUACGAGUACGAGAUUUAACUUAAAGUUCUUUGCGCGUUUUCUCUAAAGAUACACCUCGGAAAGCUUCAUCUUACUUGUUUUUACCAAAAACUUUUGCACGGUUAUCUUGAUUGAAGGAGGUUAAGGCCCUCUUCCGAUAGUAAAAUGAUAAAACUUCUUACAUUUGAUAACUUGUUCCCGCCACUACGACACUCUCGCUUAAACUCGCAGUAGAAUGACGACGGCCAUCACGUUUUCCCGCCAAAAUGACGCUGGUUCACGCGCGAGCACUUCUUACUAUUGAGAAAAUCUCGUAGUCGUAGUGGUCCUCGUCCUCGAAUCUAAAGUUCUCUAGCUUUUUUUUUGUUUUAUUUACAGAACCCCAGUGAUGGCCGGGGGGUUGUUUUCUAUUGAUAAAAGUUAUUUUGAAGAAAUAGGAACUUAUGACACUGGAAUGGACAUUUGGGGUGGCGAAAAUCUGGAAAUUUCUUUUAGGGUGAGUCUGGUAUUCCUCCAUAGCUCUAAUAGAAGCUCUUGGUUUAAAUGGAGAUAUGAUCAUUGCAGUGGUAAUUUAAGCCAUUGAAAAUAAACUCGUAAAAACUUCCAGGGCUUCAACGGGAUUCAAACCCUUGGCCUCUGCGUAGGCGCUGCACUGCCCAUACAUUAGGGGGCUUAAGCAACGACGACGGCGACCGCGACGGCCACGAAAACGUCACUUAAAAAGUGAAUUUGCGCUGCCUCAAACUUCAUCGCGCUUAUUCCAUUUCGUUUAAUUCGUCAAAUGUUGGCAAAUGUUUUUGGAGUUGAAUUCUAAAGGACUGUAUCAAAAAUUAGGAAAAGAAAAGGAAAGUUGUUGUCUCGUGUUCCCGUCCUCGACAAAACGUGAAUUUAGGCACUUUCACGUUGUAGUCGUGCAACAACGGCAAAGAAAUGUACAAAAAAGCGUGAUGCGCGUGCAAAGUUGUUGUUUUGCCAAUCUAAACCUAUGGCGUUAUUGCCGUUCUCUUUGACGUCGCCGUCGUCGUUGCUUAUAAGGCUUAUGUAUACGAGGUGAGCCAGCCCUGUAAGCCGGGCUGGCUGGGCUCGAGUCAUGCCUUUUGUCCUCAUAAAAUUGUCAUUGUUUUGAUAUGAGAAGGCGGACUGGUCCACUUGCCGAGAUCCCGGUUGCACGUGAUAUCUUGACCUUAUAUUCUUUUGUUUUAGAUCUGGAUGUGUGGUGGCACCAUCGAAAUGUUGCCGUGUUCACGUGUUGGGCACGUGUUCAGACCACGCUUCCCGUACUCAUUCCCCGCUCGUCCAGGAGGCGACCUUGAUGUAGUUAGUCGUAAUCUAAUGAGGGUAGCGGAUGUGUGGAUGGAUGAAUACAGUAAACAUUUCUACAACAUUCGCUUCGAUCUCAAGAAGAAAAAACACGAUGAUGUCAGCGAGAGACUAGCGCUUAGAAAGAAGUUGCAGUGCAAGAGUUUCAAAUGGUAUCUUGAAAAUAUUAUUCCUGAACUUGAAGUCCCAGAUGUAAACUUUGUGGCUGCUGGACAAGUAAGUUUAGAAUACUAAGUCAACUCUGGGUAUAGUGAACGGACGCUAUCACUGAUUUGGUAUACCGUAGUGAUUCAUACUGCUUAAGCACCCUCAUUCCAAUACAUUCCCCCAUACUAAUAAGAGCCCCUUCUCCAAUAAGUGACCCUAUUCUAAUGAGCGUCCUUUUUGGAUAGCACCCUCACUUCAAUAGGCUUCCCUAUACUGAUAAGAGCCUUUUUCUAUUAAGUGUCCGUAUUCUAAUGAGGGCCCUUUUUGCGUAAACACCCUCAUCUUAAUAAGCUCCCGUUUUCCAAUAAGAGCCCCCACUCCAACAAGUGCCCCUAUCGCGCACAACAAUUUACCAACCUACAGCUUAUUACGCUUGUAGCACAAACAGGAAUGCAUUUCAAGUCGUUAUACAGCUUGUCCGUUUCUUUAGACUUCUUCCUUUUUUGAUCAGUGUCCUUCUGGCAAGAAAUCUGUCUUCCAUUAUUCUGUUUUGUUUUUGUCUGUAGGUGCGGAAUCCUUCGAGUGACAUGUGUCUAGACACGCUUGGGAAGAAAGAUGAUGCCCCGCUUGGUUUGUACCAGUGUCAUGGCCAGGGAGGAAACCAGGUAAUGAAACUUGCUACUUGUUGUUAGUUAGUUACAGUGAGGGUGAUAGCCAGAGAAAACAGAGAACAGUGAAACGAAACUAAAGGAGCAUUUUGUGGGUUUGGAAAGGCUUUAAGUAACUACCUCGGUACAGAAUUGACUUAAAACAGCAAUAUUUUUAGUGAUUUAAUCCCUUUAACGUGACGCCUUAACUUAGAUAUACGUUGACGCAAAGCGUGCUCUGUCUAAGUAAAGAGUUCAUUUUUUCCUUCUUGUCACAGUUUUAACUACACAAUGUAUCCUCUUAUUAUAGCUUUAAUUCUAUGACCACGUUUUCUUGUUUUUAGUACUUUGUAUUGACAAGUAAAGGAGAACUGAAGUCAGAGGACAACUGUCUGGACUAUAACGGCUAUGAUUUGUAUCUACGAGAAUGUGACGGACUUAAGCAGAACCAGAGAUGGUCGUACAAGGUAUGGUUGUGUAUAGUGGGGAUGGAAGGGGGGCGCUAUUCGCAAAAGUGGCCUGAGGGCUGGGGUUGGGUUGUAAAGAAUUCGUUUGGUGGGGAUGAAAGCGGGAAAAUGUUGUAGUUUUAAAGGGGACCACCAAGGGUACAUGCCAUAGUGUCCGUAUUAUCCGGGUGUUCGUAUUAAGCGGGCUCUCAGAAAAGAAGGUCAUAGACGCAUGUUUUAUCGAUAUAAAGUCUAAAGCAGACAAAAAAAGAGUAAGGGUAGGAAUAAAAACUGCUCAAAAAGCAAGGGAAGUGAGACAUAUCUUGACUAGUAGGAGGCAGAAAACUCUCUUUGAAGUUGAACAAGGUUCGAACACGGGAAGACAGACGGACUUAUCAAAAUCAAACAUGUCACGCUAGUUUUUUACUGCAUUAACCCAUAGAAAUCUGUCACGCUAGUGUGCUACUGUAUUAACCCAUAGAAAUCUGUCACGCUAGUGUGCUACUGUUUUAACCCAUAGAAAUCUGUCACGCUAGUUUGCUGCUGUAUUAACCCAUAGAAAUCUGUCACGCUAGUGUGCUACUGUAUUAACCCAUAGAAAUCUGUCACGCUAGUGUGCUACUGUUUUAACCCAUAGAAAUCUGUCACGCUAGUUUGCUACUGUAUUAACCCAUAGAAAUCUGUCACGCUAGUUUGCUGCUGUAUUAACCCAUAGAAAUCUGUCACGCUAGUUUGCUACUGUAUUAACCCAUAGAAAUCUGUCAUUAUUUGAACAGGGUACGGCAAUGUCAACGGUUAACACAUGAAUGUGAUAAGGAAAAUAGACAGUGCACAGAUAACAAGUGCCCGUAAAGCGAGGAUGAAGUUUUAUGAGAUUUUGUACCUAGGAACGCAGAGAAGUGUCCGGUGUCCGUAUUAAGCGGGUUAAUUUUAGAGAAAAUAUAUGAGCUUUUCGUCGGGACAAGCGAAAUUGUCCGUAAUAUACGGGUAUCCGUACAGUGGAGUUCCAUUGCACGUGCUCAAGCGUUUUUGCUUUCUUUGUUCAGGAUAACACGCUCUACCACCCUCGCCGAGACGUGUGCAUUGACCGCGGCUCCGCAAGCUCUGGCCACGCCCGUGUUCGCGCGUGCGAUGGCCGAGAUUCGCAGGUCUGGGAAUUUUCCAAAACAGACGACAUGGAUUAAACGUUGCAGCAGAUCUCGCCAUCAGGCCAGUCAACGCGAUGUUACAGCGCCGACUCAGGCGCUAUGGAAGAAGGAAAGAGAACCCAGCGUCUCAAUAAGCGUUUGUUGUUAUUGAGGGAACUACCCGUUACUGGAGCCAUUAUCCAUACGGACGGUUGAAACAUACCUCCAAGGCGUCCCAGAACUCUCUGGUCGCUACAAAUAGUGUGAAAUACUCUUGUCGAACUUUCAUUUUCCUUCUUGAUGGUGGCUCAAUUCCAAACCUCGACGACCUGGCACUAAAACCGAAAUUCACUUUUAAUAUAUUAAUUAAAUAUUAUUAUCUAUUUAUAUUCACUGACUUUUUUUAUUCUCUCUCGUAUUUAGGAAAACAAAAUAUGAGGCCUCUACAUUUUUCGGGUGUUUAAUUUCGCGGAUGGGCAGAUUUUAUGUUUUUAGGAAACUAAUGUUUGCGAUUGGAAACGCCUUUUUUGGGGGGGAUGAAUUUCGCGAUUUUCAGAAACUUUAUACAGAAUUCUUUUGCUUAUAUCUCUAGCCUUGAACAGGAGAAACAAGAUCCAGAUGUAAUGUCGUACUUAAUAUAUUUUAUUACAGUAACUUAUAUUCAAAUUCUGAUUCAAAAUGCUUGUUCUGUGCGAAAUUCUAAAAGCUGAUUGGAGUGUGUUGAAAUGACGUACAACGCACGAUUUUUAUGGAUCACCACUUCGCCUCAGCGAAAACUUUGUGAAUUUUACCGAGGGUUACUUUAUCUUUACAUCCACCUAUGAUUUGUAUAUUUCGAUUAACUCACGUCGCUUUUUGGACGUAAAAAUAAUAUGUUUUGUUACUACUGUUGCUGUUGCCCUCUGCUGCUGUCCUCUUCCUUGUAGGAAUCGUCGCUUUUGCGAUACAGAAGGCUGACCACUCAGUUUUAGCAUAUUGUUAUAGUUUGGAGACUCUUUGUUCGUGAUUUCCAGUACUCUAGACGCUCCUGCUGGCUGUGGAAUGAACCUAAGGGCGCUUUCCAUUUGUCAGAACUGACCGGCCAGACCAUUCCCGUAGUAAUGAGAAUUUUACUUUUAAUCAAAACUUUUCAACCAGAUCCGUCAAAUCGUAAAUACUAUGCACGAAGGAGAUGGUUUUUUAGCAAAAACUGUUGGGAAAAGCCUAUUUCAUUGUAAAAAUGCUGCUCCAGCCAUGGUCUGGCCGGCCAGUUCUGACUUUUGGAAAGCGCCCUAAAAUUCUGGAGAUACGAGUAGGCAAAUAUUGUCUUUGCUAUUCGUCUUUAUUUGUACAUUCGACGGUCGUGCCAUUUUGAAAACAUAGUUUAUUGAACUUACAGGCAGCCAGCAUGAGGCGAUACGCCACUUGCACAUCUCCCAUAAUGCACCUUCGUUUGUCCCCUAAUUUUUUCAUUGGCGUAAGUUUUCAAUAGACCAUUUCCGAGUUCCCCCUGGCCUCUGUUUCAAAACGAGGGUAGGUGCUCAGUCUUUGAUAUGGAAAUCAUUUUUCAUUCUCAUGCAAAUAAAACUCAUUUUGAAAGUGAGGGUUUUGGAACUCGGAAGAGGCCUAUUUCUCUUGGGAUGCUGUGAUCUGACCCAGGAGAGAUGAAAAACAAAGGUUAUGCAAAAUAAGGUGCGUUAUGGGAGAUGUGCAAGUGGCGUAUUGCCUCGAGCUGGAUUAGAUUUUUUACCCGAAACUGGAGUUUUGGUACGUGAACACGGGAAAGACCUGAUUAGGAGUGAAACAGUGUGAUAUAUCUGUACCAUUUCAUUGAGCUAUAAAAAUGAGGAUAUUUAUUAACUUUUUUAUCUCAUCCUUUUUCCUGCUCUGCUUAAACUGGUCGCAAAUAAAGCCAGUAAAGCUAGCAACUAAUAAUUGAUAGAGGACUUAAUAUAUAAACUCAUUAUUGUCAAAGGUAAUUGUGCAGGAUCUAUUGUCAGAAAAUGGGGUCGCAAGACGGCCUAUCAAACAAUUAAAUUAUUAAAUUAUUUUCAAUAAAUAUUAGCAUGCAUGAUUAUGUCGUUCUGAUUCUUGCGCCGCGGGGGGACUGCCCUGUUAAAGUGACGGGACCAAUCUAGGCAUGGCUCGGGCUUUAUUUGACCCCUUUCCGCACAACACUAAGAGAUACCUUUAUAAGCACUAAUAUUCGCUUUCCGUACGUCCUCAACACCGUAAGUGAGACGGAGAGCAUCCCGGUCACUUCUAUAUGAGAGUUUCUUUUCCGAGUUCUUGCGCCUGCGAUUCCGUACAGCUUACAACUUACUACGCUUAGGUCUACGAGUUUGUUUUUACCGGGUCUAAUUAAUAGCCUGAGAAAGCAGCCGCUAUUCCUUGGCGCCACCUAUGGUUUCCCCUCCAAAUGAAGUCUGAGCCGGAAAAGAACGCAGAAAUUAGCUGAAAUAGCAUACUGAUGACGCGUGAUUACCCAGAUCUGGAUAGUGCUUCAGGUUAGUCGUGUCAAGUAAGAAAUUUGUUUCAACCAACCAGAAGCAGUGACCAGAUCUGUGUAGUGACACGUCAUCAGUAUGGAAUUUCUGCGAAAAUGUCGGAGGUUUCUCAGCAAUCUUAUUAAAAGUGCCCUGCCACUCCAUUUACAUGGACGUAGACUCUGGCACCGUUCCUCGUCGCUAGAGAAAUCGAGAUAUUAGACUUAAUGCCAUGUCUGCUGCUGAUUAUCUUAGUCCUGCUCCCUGCUUUGCCUUUAAAGAGGCCCUAGGUAUGUCCCUACUCUGAAUUUCAUCUACAGUCCUUUUGCUUUUUAAGGAGUAGGCUACGUUCCUGCCGGUAUUUAACCUUGUAUUUAAUCCCACGCUCUUUCAAGGCCAUUUCGCUUGUCGAUAUUUUACCCUAACAGAGCCUCUUUUGAAACUAGAUUACGCGUCACCCCUAUAUUCAGUCUUGUAGAAAAUUUACAGCUGAUUUCAUUGCCAUGUAUACACCCGGAUUUUCAGACAUGAUUCGACGGUCAUGAUUCGACCUGUCAUGAUUCGACACUAAUCACGUGACGUAUCGCUUCGCAGUACGUAAACGGUCGCGAAAAUAAUUGAGAGUUCUGCCGUGGGAUCCGAAACAGUGAGAGAAAAAUCUGGCUGGAAAGCUUAGCACUAAAGGACAUAAGUGUAACGAAGCUAGAAUCCCGACAAAUGCGUUUUACCUGAAGAGGAAAGCUUUGUUGCUUGGAAAGCAGCGACAUGAUACAGAAAUUAUGAUAACAUUUGAUCAGGUGAUAAACCUGGAGUUCGAUUGCCGAGUCCGAAUGUAUUUCUGUAGGCGAUAUCAUAAUGGACGAAAUAUUAUCAACACAGCGAAAAGCGAAAUAGUCCGACGGUUAAUCGUUAGUCUUCUUCCGUAUGACAAGGUUUCGGUGUUUUGCCGUUGGUGAAUACCACCCGCAAUUUACAUGUAACAGUGAUGCAAAUUUAGUUAACAGGGAGGCAAAUUUGUAUUUCUUCAAGUUGGUACUUUUUCGUCCUUACUUAGCUUCUGCAUGGUUAAAAAAUAACAGGAAACCUUGACGUUUUGCCGAAGAAAUCAACAGAUAAAUUGAUCAGUCUGCCGUUGUGAAAGAAUUUGCUGGCGGGUUUGAAAGUUUUGUUUCGUCGACCGUUGAAAAAUAUCACAAUGUUCGAUCCUCGACCUAUGACCCUAGUAAGCACAAAUAAAGAAAACCAUACAUAAAAGAAAGCAAAAUUUGUUUUUUUUUGGAAAAGGGUAAAAUAUGAUAUUUCCUUAAAGAUCAAGGUAAAAGCCCAAAACAAGUUGAGAAAAGAGCCGAAAAACUUAUUGAUCGAGACGUCCACACGCCCGAUAACAUGUAUUGCGAUUAGAUUGCGUGACUGUAUGAGAAGCUGUUAUCCCGGAAAAGGAGAACAAAUUAUGGAUCACAGUCCUCUUUUUCUGAAUUACAAGAGAAAUAUUCAAGCUAUCAUCAAAGUAACUUUCAGAUUGUAUGCUUUGAUUCCUGUAGGAUAUUCAAGGUAAAAUACUAUACUGCUUGGUAACCUCUCGGUCGAAUCUUGACGGUCGAAUCAUGACCGUCGAAUCAUGUCUAAAAAUCAGGGUGUAUACACCGCACUGAAAUCAGCUGUAAUGCGCGCAUGAAGGACGGGUCAGCGGAAUAAUCUCCGUUAACCGCGCUGGAAAGUUGAUCCUUAGAAUGAACAUGUGAACGUCCGCUCGGUUAACCGUGGUGAAAAUUAUUCAAUUACGCGCGCCGUUUCGUUGAAUGAACGCGGCGUCAACAUAUCAUUACAGUCUAUUUAUUAUAUGUCUUUAUAGAAUAACUAACUGGAACAAAGGAAAGUUUUUACAUGAGUAAAGACUCAAUCAACCCCUUCCCCGGGGUCCAUACGUUUUCCAAUAUGGCGGCGGCAUAUCGGAAAACGAGAAGACCCGGGGAACGAGGUUAGAGUUCAAUUACACAGGCCCCACAAGAUGGAUGUUUUGGAAAAACAACUUGGCCGCCGUGACGUCAUGUGAUAACGAUUGGUUACCCGUGCUUAUUCUGUGCAAUGAUGCACGACCGCUGUUCAAGGCCGAACAAAGUCUGUUGGUUAAAGAUAUUAACGAACUUUUCAAACAAUAGCAACGAAAAUCAUUAGAUAUGUACUUCAUUAAACUCUUACACUAUUUCAUACGUGAUUAAAUGGGCUGAUAUUUCUCGCAUUGACCGCAAUAACUGGUUGUUACUUAAGGCCGGUGCAUGCUAUCACGUACCGUACUUUCCAAAAAAAAUAGCAGCGCCGGCCAACUAAAACAAAGAAAAAAACAAAUGCACUAGAACCUUUUACUCUUUAGUACCUUUCGCGAGAGCUCUUUUGAGAAAAGUCUUUCGUCGUCUGUUUGAUCUCUUCCUUACAGAUUCGAAAAAGUCUCCAUGCCACAUGUACACGCAGGGAUCGCGUUACUCAGUAAUUACAUUCAUGUUUCAAUAUUGCACGGGUAAUAUCUUAUUUAGUUUAAUAUUGCUCCUGAGGGUAUUUUCCUUUUUUGAAGUGGAUAUUGGCCAGGCCAUACUGCUGAAUUACAUAAAUAAUUUUUAAAAAACAAACCAUCAUCAACGAAAUAACCGAAACCAAUAAACCACCGUGAAAUAGGAUUGCCUUUCAACCUGGAAGGAGAAUUUUGACUAGCAGUCUUAAUUACAAUGAAAGUUUUGAUACGAAAAGCAAACGUUUGAGUGACCGCAGCACUUAAUUGACCAUGGCGAUAAAGCACUACUGUGGUCGACAACCCGGAAGAAAUCACUGAGCUAAAAAGUAAAAUGUUUCUAACUAGUUGCUACAAUUCUUGCUCGCUGGUUUGGGGCAUCCUUUUAAACCGAAAAAGUUGACCCGGAAUCAGUAAUACCAGAAGUUUAUGAUUAGCCCAGUUAUCUUCAGAAAAAAGAAAAAUUAAUCUAUAUGGUUCUUAAAAACUGAAACAGACCGAAGCUGGAAAGAAUCGUGUGUUUUACCGAGCUGUUUUUGUUUUUGUGUUUCUUUCUCUUUCCGGUUUUCUUAAUUUUGGCCUUCUUUAUAUUGCCGAGUUUGGGUUGCGAGUCAGAAAUUCAAAUUAAUCCAGCGAUCCGGCGAUAUAACAACAAUGUUAGCCACAAAGUUGGCUCACGUCCUACCACAAAAAGCACAAAACAAUGAAACUAGCCAAACACUUAAAUUUACUUUUUUUACCGGAUAUUCAGCAAAGAGGAAUCAAAUUUCUGUAUGAAUGUUUUGCUAGGGAGACAUGAUGUUUUGAGAUGGAAAUGUAAUAAAGUUGCCAAUAUUUUGUGUCGUGUUUAUCUGCUCGUAUGCAAAUUCGCAUUAAUUGUAGAAAAAAAUAUGUUUAUCUUAUUUCUGUGAAUUGGACACUAGAACAAAAGUGCUAACCCAGCUGACAAAUCUAAGACGGGAUCGACCUAAAAGGCUUGUUAAUAGAUUUUUAAUACAAUACCACGCUAUUGUUGUAACGUGUUCCACGUUCGUCAAAGCGGUAUUAAGGUCAACACAGAAAAUCGUUUGGGAAAACAACUUUGGUUGUGAAGGGUUUCUACAAAUCGCUGCCGAUAUCUACUUGACAACAAUGGAUCUUGGACGCUGACGCUACAAAUAGGACUGGAAAGAAAGCGGGCAAGAUGACUCAAUUGAAUUGUUUUGUCUCACUAAUAACGUCAAUCUACGAUCGUCGACCUAAGCUACGGGCUUGAUCAACCGAGAAAUCACAACGGAAGUUGCUGAUGUGUCAGUUCUAAGCAAAGAUACAGAGAAGUCAUCAUACAAUUGUUUUAUUUUUAGCGUUUUUCAUCCGCCGUUAAAUUUUCGCGAUGGCCUUUUCAGUUCACCAGCCGCGUCAAGUGAUCGUGGUUGUUUUACUCACGUCCAUUUUUUGGUUCGUGUUUAACACGUUGAUUAUUAUUUCAUAUCAAGGAAAUAUUGGUUCAAAUGAUCGUAAAAGUGUACUGUUAUUUAGACACGAAAAUAAAAAAAUUCAUCGAGGAUUUGAUAAGCAAUUAGGAGAUGCAAAUAAAGGCCAGGAGGCUAGUGUGACACGAGGCAAUCAUAAAAACGGCCAAGAACUGCCAGAGGAACUUGAUACUAUAAACAAGGAGAUUACAGAAGACAAACGAGAUCACGGCAUUAACGUGAUGAGAAAAGGACUUAAAAGUGACAAUAAAAUAAUUUCUUUGAAUAAACAGCAAUUAAGCAGAAAAAAAGAAUCGAAGGCUAUUAGAAAAGAACCUAAAAUGGCCAACAAAAAGCAGAUUACAGCGGUCAAGAUACAACCGAGGAAACAUAUCGAGGACUCGAAGGACGCGGAACGCAUCCCGACAAUUCCCGACGUUAAUGCUCGCGACCCGAACGGUCUUGGAGAAGGUGGGAGAGCGGUAGUUUUUGAAGGGUCAGAAAAAAAGAAAGAAAAGGAAGGUUACAGUAAAUAUGCCUUCAAUGAAUAUGCAAGUCAGAAGAUUUCACUCGUGCGUUCCAUUCCAGAUACAAGAAGUGCUGGGUAAGUUUAUUUUUUUGUUUCACAUGAUUUGUAACUAAUUUAACCACAGUCACAGACCACUCAAAAUGCGAAGAACAAGAAUCGAACCACAGGGUUCUCUUCCUUGAAGGAGGACCGAAAACAUCAACAUUUUGUUCUGAGAUAAUUCAUUGUAUGCAGCUUCUAAGUUAUAACGAUAUGUGUAGUUUCAUGUUGUCACAAUAAGCACAUCGCAUUCUCUUAGUCGUGUAGUACUUACGAAGAGCACAGAGAUUAAAGCCAUCGAAAACAAUUCGAGUCCACACCACCGUUCUGGAUGCGUUUCGGACUGUCUAUACUUAAACGUUCGAAAACGAUAUAAUAGACCAUUUUCGAUAUAUUAAAAUCCUACUUAGCCCCGAGGCUUAGGGAAUAAAAACAAAAGAACUCAUCUUGAGGCUCAGCAAUAAAUACAGUUAAUCCUGUAUUAAGCCCUGAGGGGGGCUUAUCAAGCUUUAUUUAUUUCAAGCCCAUUUGGUUGGGGGGGGGGGGCUCAUUUAAUUUAGAAACGUCGAUAGUAUCCGUUCUCCAUAAAGAACUAGAACACAAAGUGGAAUAACUCAAGAACAAGAAGUUUAGGUCAUGCAGCCGAGGAUCCGGAAUCAAAUCUGAACUUCCAGUUGGUAAAUAAACCAUCCCGGAUCAGUCCACACGAAGUUUUACAAUGGUGAUUGAUUAAUACAGUCUAUCAUUUAUUAGUGAAGAAUAAUUAGGGGAGGGGAGGGGAGGGAAGGAGGGGCUUAAUAGAGAGGAGGGGGCUUAUUCACUUUCUUCCUCUGAAAGGGGGGGAGGGGCUUAUUAAAGGGAGGAGGCUAAUUUGAGAGGGGGGGCUUAAUAGAGGAUUUGCAGUAAUACAUUUCUUUUGUUUUUUUCCCAAGCCUCGGAGCCAAGUAAGAAUUAGCAUGUCGUAAGUUGACCUCUAUAAGCAUGUUACAAACACACAAGCCUGCAUGUGACAUUUUACAACUCACGUGGUAAAUAUGCCGUCAUCAUUUUCAUUUUGAUGCGUUUUCAACCAUUUACACCCAUACGAUAUGCAUACAUUUUUGUCUUGAUUUACUUUCAAGAGCGUUUUCAAAUCGAGGCGUUUUCGAUGGGACGCUCAGCGUACUGGUGUGGACGGGGAAGGCCUUAAUCGUAUCAACAACAACAAACAGCACCUUAUUCCACAUAGUUCAGAUACAACAGUAAUUACACUCUCAGUUCAUUAAUUACAUGUAUAAGAAAUUGGGAAAAAAACUUUCCCACCGCUAAUAGCAUAAAAAGCUAAUCGAGGCAGGGGGAAGAUGAAGACAAACUUAAGGUAAUAAAACUCAAGGCAAUCAUUGAUCACGGAUCCAGGUUCGUAAAUUAAGUCAAAAGUCCAGUUUCCCGGCCGAGAUACUCGUGGUAAAAUUAAUAGGGGUGGCUGAUCGGCAGUCGCCCGUGAUAGGUCGAAAAUUUCUGCCUUUAUGCCACAGGAACACCAGAUUAUAGUAUGCGUUCUGAAGAACGCAAUAAGACAAAACUCAUUACAGAAAACUGAAAUGUAUAAACGAAAACGCAUUAAAGUGGACGUGGCCUCUUAAUUCUCUGAUAAGUUAACGUAGUCCUUGGUAGCAAAAACAAUAAGUAAGCGUAUUUUCUCGUCAGGUGUGAUGCAAAAUCGUAUCCUGUGUCGGACCUGCCUACAACCAGUGUAAUAAUCUGUUUCCAUAACGAGGCGUGGUCGACCUUGCUGCGUACAGUUCACACUGUGUUACUCCGCUCACCGCCGCAACUCUUGCAAGAGAUUAUACUGAUUGACGAUUUCAGCACAUUCGGUGAGCUUUGAAAAUAAUACAAACCUUUACAUUCCAGGGCGGGGAUGACUUCUGGGACGAGAUUUGAUUAUUAUUUUCCGCGUAUACUCUAAGAAUUUACACCCCGGAAAGCUUCUUUUGUUCCCUUUUUUUCCAUUGAAUUCUACCAUUUGAUACCCUGUUUCCACCACUACGACAUUUUCGCUAAAAUCCGUCGUAGAAUGACGACAGGAAUAAGCGUUUACCCGCCAAAAUGAAGCUGAUUCACGUACUCGCACUACUUAGUAUUGAGAAAAUCUCGUUCUCGAAGUCGUUCCCGUCUUAUAACCUCAAUGUCUCUAACACUGCUAGCAGUGUCUAAUCACGUCACGCAGUCCGCGAAGACUGAAAGUGCGGGCUCUCAGUGUUCUCGCCUGUGCGCAACUCUUAAGAACUUUGAAGAGGUGUUUCUCAGUUUAGUAAGGAUUCAAGCCCGGUCCACACUUAUCCGUAUAUUUUUGAAAACGAAAAUUUUAUAUCCGUUUUAGCUUUCUGUCUACAUGUAAACGGCGUUUACGGGAACCAAAAUCCCCCUUUUGGAGAUGAAUAUUUAACACUUAUUUCAGGAGCCUGACUAUGAUAUAAAUAAUUAUGCAGAUAGAGGGGGCUGUUACGUGUAAUCGCCGAGGCUGAAGGCGGAUAUCUGCAUAAUUUUUCAUAUCAUACGAAAGGCAAAUUCAAUAAUUGCUGUACUGUUUAUUCAAAAUUUUUAACAACCUUAUCUGCUCGCAGCAUUAGCUUGUUUCUCAGGACAGUUUUAGAGUAUGAAAUAUGUUUAUUUUCCUUGCAGAUAUUUCUCAAAAAAUUAGAUGAUACUCAACCAGCAGUAGAAGGAUUUUUUCAUAUUCUUGCUUGCUUUUUUUUUUUGAAAAUACCAUGCAUUUCCCCUGAUUGUACAUUGAUAUAACACAUGUCUCUCCUCAGAUCAUCUGAAAAAGCCAUUAGAAGAUUACGUAGCACAGCUAGGCAAAGUUCGUAUUCUAAGGACCACAAAGAGGGAGGGGCUAAUACGAGCUCGUUUGUUAGGAGCCAAAGCAGCAAAGGCCCAAGUGUUAACGUUCCUUGAUGCUCACUGCGAAGCUAACGUAAACUGGUUAGAGCCAUUGCUGGAUCGGAUCAGGCGAGAUCCCAACACCGUAGCAGUUCCUGUUAUUGAUAUUAUAAGUUCAUCUGACUUUUCGUAUUCAGGGACACCCGCUGAAGUGAUCGGUGGGUUCAGUUGGGAUAUGCAGUUUAAUUGGCAUUCGUUACCGUUUAGUGUCCGAAAUCAGCGAAGAGAAGCGAGUGAUCCUAUCAGGUUAGUGUUAUUGUAUCAGCCUUGGAAAUAGUCGAGGGCGCGAGACACGCAGGCGAAAGUCGAGGACGGGUGGAAUCGCCUUCCAUCAGCAAAGCCAUGGCGUUUGGCUCUUUACUUUGUCUCUACUUGUGGGAGCAGAAUUAAUGCGCGCCUGCUUGUUCGCUCGAGGAGAUUGAUAAAGAGGAAGUUCCAAGGGAGUCGAGUUCGAAUUUUAGAUCUUAUUCCAAAUUUGGGUUUACAAUCCAUAACAUAGCUCUCAUCGUAAUGAGAUCAUUAUCAGUCUUUAAUGAUGGAGGUGCAUGGAGCGGGACUUAUAUGUAUUAAGUCGUUAUCGUGGGUUGGGUGGUUACAGUAAGCUCACAAAUGGACUGAGAGCGGCUGACAAUGGCGCCUUUGAUGCUGACGUCUGAGCUUACUGUUCACAUGUUAAAAUGUUUUGUAAGAGGGCACGUCUGUUGUCCUCUCAUCCACGACUCUUCAUUCAUAUAAGGGUAUGAAGCGUUCGGACAAUUUUCUUACCGUAUAUCAGUUAUUUUGAUCCUCUAAUAGCGGUAUGUAGUAUUACUUAAGUCUACCUAAAAAUGCCUUCCGAACCUUAGCUUUCGGGUCAAUUUUCGACACCCUGUAGCGGUAUUAACUGAUGUGGUAGUGUUCUUUCUUCCUCAGUUCCCCUUUUACGCAGAAAGGGUAACUCCAUCCCUAAUGUUUUAUACGUAACUGCCAAAUUAGAUUAAAUAAUGGUUUAAUUGCUUAGUACCUUAUAAUUGUAGAACGCCCACAAUGGCAGGAGGUCUGUUUUCAAUUGAUCGCAAGUACUUCUACGAUUCCGGUUCUUACGACGAAGGAAUGGAUGUUUGGGGAGGAGAAAACUUAGAGAUGUCUUUCCGGGUGAGUAGGUACUGAUCGAUGUAAAAAUUCUCCUGUGUUAAAAUUUCUUAUCAGUAAACACAUUAUAUUACUGUUCGCUUGCUUUAAACGAAAUCCUAUAUCAUUCAUUAUUAUUCAUUCACAACAUUUCCCCUAUUGUGAUUGGCUAAAAGCACAGACAUAUUUCAUACUGAUGACCAAAUCUGGAAGAAUUUUGUGUUUAACGAGGAAAUGACGUUAAAAAUGCAACCCGCUACAGGUUAAGGCACCGUUACCGAGAAGACCUGGGGGCCGGCGAAGUUGAGUUGUUUUAGUUGUGAAAAAAAAAAAUGGCGGACAUUUCACUCCUUUCAAGAGUAAGAACUACAGCUGGAAUUAGGCGAAAUAAUAGCUAAAAGCGUGGCAAAAACAGCAAGAAGACAACUCGGAGGGCGAAAUCUGCUAUUUGGAGAAUAUUUGGGGAGCUGGACAAAGCUAAACGUGCACUAUAGAAGAUGAACUUAACAUCGAUGCAGGUAAGCAUGUUGCAGCUAUGUUUUUAAACUAGGAAUUAUUUUGAACGAAUAAUAAAGCAAUUAAUGAAUUCGGCUUUCGUAGGAUAUGAAGAAUUAAGUAGAUCUCGUUGGGUGUUAUCCACCUCGGCCUUCGGCUUCAGGGGAUAACACCCUCCUCGAUCUGCUUAAUUCUUCAUAUCCUACUCAGCCUCAUUCAUUAAUUGCUAAUUAAGAGAUAAACUAAUGAAUUAAUAUGUUAAACGUUGUUAAGUUCUGAGCACUAUUGGAAACAUGAAAGAAAUGACUCUCUUCACAUACUCACGUAUAGAUUUAGCCAGAGCUAAAAGCGAAGCUCCCGUUUAUGCAUUCUAAGAUUACUUCAGACAAUGGACUAGAACCAUUACAAAAGGAAUCCUCUAAGCUAAACUUAAUUUUUGGCAUCUAAGCCCGCGAUACGUUCAUGUGACUAUGGUCAGCAGAUACCCUAUUUUGACAGCUGUCAAUUGACCAUAAUAUGGAUGUCAAUUAUCAAGUUAAACACAGGUUACAGGCUCCCACACUAGCUAGAAAGUUUGACAUUUCGCAUUGGUUAUCCUGUGGUGCGAACGGACAGGCCUACGGUCACGUGAUUACCAAACUUUCUCGGGUGGAUAGAUUAUCAAAUUUUCUUGGGUAUCGGUCUCCGCUCUAAAGAAGUGGAGGAGGAGCAGGAGGAGAGCGAAGCAGUGAUUUGUAGCUUCGCCCAAGAGCGGAGCUCCUGCUGAAUACUACCCAUUUACAGUAAAAAAUAGACUUCAACCAUUAAAAUCAACAUAAAUGCCUUUCGCGCAUUUUUUUUUUCACAAAAAACUGAAAUCGAGGCCCAGAUUCAAUGAAAAAUUAUCAGCCUGUCAAAGGUUAAGUUAAAGAAAUACAGAUCUCCAUAGGAAGUAUACCUGAUGCAGUCAUGUGGUUUAGGCAAGCAGAUGCCCCAUUUUGUUAGCUGUCAUUUGACGAAUAUGCUCUAUAAAAAAUAUAGCUGUAGCAUCAUGUUCUCAUUUCUAUAUGGCUUCUUUGUAAGUCUGCGAAAGUGUGACAUUUUACAUUCGUGAAAAGGAGUGGACGGACGGUCGGCUCGUACGGUUACGUGAUAACAAAUAAUUUUGCAUCGAUUGGUUACCUAGCCUGAAUUUCAGACGAUUGCUUCGAGUCGUUUUUACUCCCUCAGCAACAGAGUAAAAACGACUGGAAAUAAUCGCCUGAAAUUCAGGCUAUUAGUUAGCAGAUUUCUGUAGAUAUUUGGAUAAUUUUUGUUCUCUUACAAAGAGGGUUCGCGCGGAGCUCCGACAUAAUUUAAGCAUUUACUGGCGAAGUUGGUAAAACAAUUAAUACAGGACCCUUCAAAAACGAUUCAAAACGUCGUUGCUUCGUCUCAUUCUUAGCAAAUGUUUCAUUAUAUGACUGAUAUGUUUUAUACUUGCUUUGAUACGGUAUCGUCAUGGCAGGUUUUGUGUAAAGGGAAGCGAAUGGAUACUUUUUAACCCCUGUAUGGUACUUAAUUUGUCUAGAUAUGGCAGUGUGGGGGAAAAUUGGAAAUCAUCCCGUGUUCACGUGUCGGCCACGUGUUUCGCUCUCGUUUUCCAUACAAGUUUCCAGGUGGUUAUCACGAGGUAACUGUGAAUCUUGCACGAGUUGUUCACGUGUGGAUGGAUGACUAUAAGAGAUACGUGUUCUUGAAGAGGCCAGACUUGCAACAAGUAAAUCAUGGAGAUUUGACACCGAGGUUAGAACUCCGGAGGCGACUUAAGUGUAAAAGCUUCAAGUGGUACUUAGAAAACAUCUAUCCAGAGCAAACGAUCCCUGACACCGAUUACGUGGCAUUUGGAGAGGUAAAGAAACAGUUUAUUCUUUGUAUGAGCUAAAGUAAAUAACGCUUUGUGAAGACAAGAAGGACAUUUAUAAUUCGAGAACAACUUUGAGACAUGCGAUUUUCCAUGUUGCAAAAACAGCCGAUGCGAAUCAUCGUCAUUUUCAUCAUCAUCUUCAUCUUCAUCUUCAUCAUUAUCAUUGUCAUUAUCAUUGUCAUUAUCAUUGUCAUUAUCAUUGUCAUUAUCAUUGUCAUCAUCAUUUUCAUUAUCAUUGUCAUUGUCAAUAUCAUCAUCAUUGUCAUUAUCAUUGUCAUUAUCAUUGUCAUUAUCAUUUUCAUUAUCAUUGUCAUUAUCAUUGUCAUUAUCAUUGUCAUUAUCAUUGUCAUUAUCAUUGUCAUUAUCAUUGUCAUUAUCAUUGUCAUUAUCAUUGUCAUUAUCAUUUUCAUUAUGAUUGUCAUUAUGAUUGUCAGUAUGAUUGUCAUUAUCAUUGUCAUUAUCAUUGUCAUUAUCAUUAUCAUUAUCAUUGUCAUUAUCAUUGUCAUUAUCAUUGUAAUUAUCAUUGUCAUUAUCAUUGUCAUUAUGAUUGUCAUUCUCAUUCUCAUUCUCAUUCUCAUUAUCAUUGUCAUUGUCAUUGUCAUUAUCGUUUUAUUUAUUCAUUUUUUGCUUCUUCCCAGUUAAGCAUUUUCUUAAUCGUAGAUUAUUAUACUUUUCCUGUGGUCGUAAUGUUUCUCACACGUGGUAUCCAUUUUUUGUAUAGGUUCGAAAUCCCAGUUCCGGUUUCUGUCUUGACACCUUGGCCAGGUCGAUUGGCGAUAAACUAGGUGCCUCGCGCUGUCAUGGCAUGGGAGGAAAUCAGGUAAUUUUACGAAUUAUAAAGUGGUAGAUUUUAGUUUGCCUUGACGAAUUAUUGUUGCUAGUGAACAGAAAUGUACGCUCAAUUUUUAGUUCGAACCUAGCGAGUUCAGCAAUGCAUUUCUACUUAGAGUGAAUGCCAAUGUCUAUAUUUCGUUGCAGCACUUUGUCUUAACCAAAGAUAACCAGCUACAGGCUGAGCAAGCUGGUGAUUCACUUUGCGUAGAAGCAGUUGGCACUAGCUUGGUACUUGUCUCUUGUGAUGAUGGUCCAAAGCAAUGGUCAGUUGUCGAGGUAAGAUGAAUACAAUCGAACCUCCAUGUGCGAUCACCUCUUUCAUAAGCAGCAGCAACAACAACAACAACAACAGUUUAUUCAAUUGUCAAAUGAGUUAGGUCUAUGUUACCCACAAUUAGCGGAGCUACUCUAGGUGGGCAACAAUACAAUAAUUGUCUCCUAUAAAGUCGGCAAAACAACGUAAGUAAAGAGAAAGCAAUAAUAAAAUGAAAUAAAUAGAUAAAAGGUAGCACUUAUAGAGAUAAAGAAGGAAAACACUUAACCUGAAUAAGGAGUUUAGGUAGGAAUUGCUAAUGGUACUCAUAUCAACAUACACCUUCUUAGUCUGCAAAACCUUGAUCAGUCAUUUAUGUAUGCGCUGUUCACGUAACGUAACGUUAACCUUAAUGUAACGUUCAAGUAACGCAACGUAACGUAAGCCUCUCUUCUCCGAAGGUGAAGGUACUAAAGUUGAAAGCUCCCGUGUGUGACUACCACUUGCGAGAUUCCCACCAUUUAGGAGUUCUACUUUAAAACAUUUCUCGUUCUACUACACCUAAUCUUAGAAACCACUUUUCAUGGCGUGAUCCCCUACCGGUGCAAAUUAGUUAAGGCGGUGCCAGUGUUCAACCGGCGAUGUAGCCUGCUACCAGGAUCCUUAAUUGGAAAAGGAGCGAAUAACGAAUGAGUAAUGAAGACGUAAAGGGGCGGCGGGGCCUGGUUAAGACUUAUGUUCAUGCUCCAAACUGACCUUGGAUACCUUAUGAUGCCUACACAAGGCAUUAGUUUCCUUAUAUAGUCUGCAUGGAACCAUUGACUUUAGUGAUUAGGUUUAAGGACUAAACAUAGCUAUUUGUUUUAUUUCAGGGAAAGCUUCGUAACAGAGGAGGCGAUUGCGUACAACUCAAAAACGGUGGAGUUAGAAAUGGCGGAGAGGACGUAGUUAUGGCAAAGUGCAAUUCAUCAAGUGAACAAGAAUGGACUUUUUCACAACAGAAAUCAUAGUAAAAUUGUUCAUUCUUAUCGUCAUCAUCAACAUCAAGGCCGAGUAGAUUCCUCCUAUUUCCCCUUCAUGCAGACUCCAUUUUGCACACGGGCAAAAGGGAGUAGGGGGUUAGGAUACAAAAGGCCCGGGUUCAAUUUAACGGUUGUUACAAAGUGUUCUCUAUGUGUUUUAGAAAAACAACGGCUGUUUACGAAAGAGAAAUUUGCUUCGUCGAACUGUCAGGUCAAAUUGUGACGAGUAGGUAUUUUUUGAAAUACAUAUUUUUAAACUAAUUUAAAACUAUUAUAUAUAUAUAGAAAGUCCACAGUUAUAUAAUAUAUUCAGGCGGAAAUAACGUCAAAAAUGUUUGAAAAUAAGCAUGCAAUGGCGGCAGCUAGCUAACACUAUUCGAGACGGGUAGUGCAUGCUAAUAAAGUUAAGGCUAGAAGUUCUCAUUGAGAAGGGAAAUGCUGCCGUUAGUUGCGAUGUGAAUAGGACAGAGACAGCACGUAAAACAGUUGAACAAAUGAAUUUUUAAUUAAAGUUAAUAACUUAGACUUGUUGGAAUUAUGAAACACUCAGAGCCGAGCGAAAUAUAAAAAAUGAACCGAUCACAAUGACAAAUAUGCUUACAUUCAGAUAACUCGCUAAAGAUUCAAUAUGAUUUUCUAAUUCAUUUUAAUAAUUCAAUAAAUUCUAAAACAACGGCAGUGCUGAUAGGCUGUUUCUUCAUCGAACAAUCGAUUGUGUGGCUGGCCUCCCGUCGCACACGUGGAGAAGAGUUGCGAAAAAAUAACGUAAAGCCCAAAACUUGUUUAUUCACAGGUAAGGUAGACGUACAGCACAUAUACAUGCCGUUCAGUGCGUUCACUUAUGUAACUUAUGUAACUUAUGUAACAGUCAAUUCCAGCUGCGCCCAGUCGAGCAGUGCCCUUUUAAACAUUUUAACAAGUAAGACUUCACGCCGUGACGACACCAGUUUAUGGUUUUAGUAUUGUUAUAAAAUUAUUGACAUUAAAAUUAAUAGUGCGCUGUAAAGUUAACUGUUAUGAAUAGUUUUAAAAAUAUGGAAGGAUGUUCUUGAAAUACUCAACAGAAAUUUGAUUCAAUAACCGUUGAUUCACGUCGAUAGCUCCAUUUCCCUGUAAUUCUGGCUUGAUAAGCAAUGAAGACACGCAUGCAUAAAAUCGACAACAUGCCUUUACAAACCUCUUCAAUUGUUUCCUGUCCUUGACAAAUGAGCCAAUCCCCUUGUUUUUCCAGUAAAAUCCUUUGUGCAGUUGUAUUCUGACAGGAAACCGCGUGCGUGUCAAAAGCUCGGGGUUGGCCCCGGGGUUGGUAAAUGCCCGGCCCCCGGGCAGCGCAAAAUUUGCAAACGCCCCACCCACGAGACUGACAAGGCGGGCAAAUGCUCCGCAGUAGCCCAGGGGGGUGAGGCUGGGCGCAGCUGGAAUUGACUGAUGCAUUACAAUCCUGAUUCCCGAGAUAACAAUCUGUGUGACAAAAGAAUACUCACUAUAACUAAACGAGAA